AUGGACUUGACGAAAGAGUUCAAACAUAUGGCUGCGGCUCUAUUCGUUGCCUAUAAAGCCUUAUUAUUCGGAGAGACACCCGUGGCUUGUUUGGUUGUUGACAAUUGCAACGAUGCGAUCUUACUGAUUGGAUACAAUUAUACCAAUGUGUCUCUCAACGGCACCCGCCACGCCGAGUUUCUUGCUUUGGAAAGACUAGUUGAUGAUGGAUAUGACUUAUCAAAGUGUACCUUAUAUGUAACGGUUGAGCCGUGUAUCAUGUGUGCUUCUUACCUUCGCCAAAUUGGGAUAGGUCGAGUAGUGUAUGGUGCUGGCAAUGACAGAUUUGGUGGUAAUGGAACGGUGGUUCUGGUCAAUUCAAAUGGACAUCUACCCAAGCAGGCUUACCCCAGUUAUGGCGGAAUUUGUCGAACGGAAGGGAUUCAGUUACUCCGAAAUUUUUACAUUCAAGAAAAUGACCUGGCACCAACGCCUCAAGUCAAGAAAAACAAAGAUAUCGACUCCAAAGAUCUUCCCGAUAGUAAUGUGGUUUACGACGAAGCGGCCUUUAAUGACUUCUAUGGAGUUGAGCGUCAAUUUCUUUUGGAGGAUCGUACCUGUGAGAUAACCCCACUUAUUGGCCAGGGCUAUCGUCUUAUUGACCUAUUCCUGUUGAGCGAUGCCUUGAACAUACCUUUUUUGCAGAAAGAGCUAGGUAGGAUCUCGCAAGAUCAAUUAGAUAAUUUUUACGAGCUCUUUAGGAGCGUUGAUGGCGAGGGUAGAGUGAUUAUGGAGACUUCAGUUAAGGUUUAUCACUCCAAGAAGCGACCUCACGAGGAUUGA